AUGAAUCUUAUGUUCCGCAAGAACUUCGCCGGCGAGAGGGGGCUCGGUGGUGGUGGAGGAGGAGGAGGAGGAGGAGGAGGCGGAGGCGGAUUGGAGGGUCGUACGACCCUCGGCGGUGUAUACGGGUCCGGCUCGUUGGGGUACACGGGUACCAGAUUCGGCGUGGUGCGCGGCGCCGGCCAAGCGGCGGUCGGGCCCCGCGGACAGAUCAGACGUAGCAAGGAGUUCGGUUACUUUCCAUCGAUGGCCGAUCACGAGCACCAGGGAUACGCGUAUCGGACUCAUCUGUUCCUCACUCCGCCGUCAGGCGGCGCCCUCGGCUCGCCGCCCGAGGAACCGUCCGAGAGACUAGGACCCCCACCCCGGAAGAACUCGGGGCCGCACGUGAUCAAAUGGGGCGGGGGCGGCGGCAGCGGACUGGGACAGGGGUCCGGGGCCGGUAGCCAACCGAGGAGGAAGAUCCAGCAGCCGAAGGAAUUGUCCGAGCCGCCGACACCCACUGCCUCUAGACAGGUCUCCUUCACCGGGAACCGAGCAUCCGGCGCCUACACGCCCCUGGUGGUUUCCGGGAACAGUCCACCGCGCGGCGAACCGAUCUCCCUGGCUACCUUGGACCGAGACUGCUUCAUCAUUCCCCUCGCCUCUCUCGAACGGUUUUUACCGGCUGGAGUACCGCUUUAUUCCAACUGGUUCCAGCACGCGCCGAUCGCGGACAAAAAACGACCAGGUAGCCCGUUGUCGGUCCUCGAGGUCGAGGAUCCGAAGCAAUGUGUUCUGGCGCACUUCAUGACGCCGCUGGAGCCGUUGGAUCCAUUGGUCGAAUCUCCAGUUUCCCGUCCGUUGGUCCUGCAACGCGACACGGCUGCCGAGCUGGUCGCCGAAAUCGCGCCAUCCGCUUCCCAGAGCAUUCUGCUCACGAACAUGGAAAAAAAUGCCGAUUUCCCGUUCAUCACGUACUACCUAAUAAACAAACAGAACACGGAUCCCGUGGAUUUUUACAACGAGGUCCAAUGCGCCGCCUUGAGGAAAUUCGAUCCUCGUGAUCUUCGAUACGCGGCCAGCCACACGCUCGAUUUAUUCAACGAAGUGGCGACCAUAGCCAGGCCGCCGUUGGAACCACCUGGCGUUCGACCGCCGAUUCCGUCCACCGGUUACAUUGUCUCGAUCUUCAAGGUAUUCGAGGGCGAUGACGGCCUAAAGUUCGAACAGAACUGGCUCUACUGGACCGGUGCCCGCAUGAUGUACCGAUAUCUCCCGAAAUCGGUGGGCUUGAGACGUAUCACGCUGCAUAAGUCGAUGUCGCAGGGCGACAAGAUGUACCUAUUGAUCUGCGAGUGCUCGCAGCUCCAAGACAAUCUAUCCGCGGCGGCCAUAUUGUUGCCGGCGUUACGCGCCCGUCUGUGCGGCUACACCGGUCUCUACAGGCCUUCGGUGUGCUUCUGAUUCCUCAAGAAACGCCGACGACGCACCCGUAACGGCGUGCUUCAACCAUCCGG